GUUCCGUCUCCUAGGCGACCGGCUGCGGCCUUCUUCCUCCGCGCAAGGCAGGCGCCUCGUAGAGCUUUCGCCCGGCUGGCGGUAUGACCGGGCGCCGGGGCCGGACGGGACCGCUGCAGAGCGCGCUGCGCCGGGGCCGAGAGCUGCGGGAGCAGGUGAGCUGGGGAAACGGGAGGCAGGGAGAGGAAGGGCGCGGCGGGAAGCGGAUCCUGCCCGGCGCUACCGUUAGUUGCAGGGAACGAGAGGCAUGGGGCUAGUAGGAGGGAAAGGCGUAAGCUAGAGGUGGGGGAGCCUGCGGCCCUCCUCAGACUCGAAAUUUCAUUCGCCCUGACCGUUGGCAGGGCCGGCCCAUGAGGCAAGGUGAAGGUGGAUGCCUCAGGUGGCAUGAUCCCCCGGGACAUCAUUUCCCAAUGCCGAUCUUUCUUCCCUGCCUCCUCCCUUGUUCCUGAUGUAGAUAUGGCCUCACCUGCUUCUUCUCUGUUAGAGAGGGGGGACGACACCCUUUUGGGGUCUGCCUCGGGUGCCGAAAUGUCUUGGGCUCUGACCAUUGGCUCUGUUGACGGGCGUUGGGAGUCCAGCCGUCUCUGGAGAGCCACAAAUCCCACGCCGAAAAGUAGUUUGCUAAUUCUUUCGUUAUCGUUUGACAAAGCGAAUCUUGGUUGUUCAAUAUUUUAGGUGAAUGCUUUGCUCCAAGAAAGCAAGGAAGCGGGGGCUCUGGACUCUGGAAAGAAGCAAAGCCUUAGUCAGAGGUAAUGUGUUUAUAUAUAUAUAUUUUAAACUCCUUCUGGUAAGCAUAAUGCAAAUGUAUUUGAGGUCAGAGGUGCAACCAGCAACAUUUAUUGAUGCUUGUUAGUUGGUUCCUCGGAUGUAAACAAAUUUGAUUGCAGGUCUAAAAAUAUUUACAGAUCCAAUCCUAAAAUGAUUACCAUAAUCAAGAUCAGUGGGACUUAUUUGCUGAUGUAUAACUAUAUUGCAUUAGAGGUUUGUCAUAAAUUUGUAUUUAUGCAAGGAUGUUCAUGAAUGUAGACGGUGGCGAUUGAUGUGCUGAGAUUUAUUUUCAAAACUCUGGGGAAAGUGAAUAUAGUACUUGUGAAGGGUUACCCGAAAGCCUCCGACAGCUGGCUGCCUCUUUCUUUACCACCCUCACACUCAUACAUGCCAGCCCCCUAACACUGUUGUGGCCAUUUCAGUUCCAUUAUUGUUCCAUCCAGUUGCAUUCGGUAGUGGUGCCCUCCCUGUGGAACACCCUCCCUUCAGAUGUCAAGGAGAUAAAGAACUACAUAAUUUUUUAGAAGUCACCUGAAGGCAGUCCUGUUUCAGGAAGUUUUUAAUGUUUGAUGUUUUAUUAUGUUUCAAUAUAUGCUGUAAGCCACCCAGGGUGCUGGGGAAACCUAGCCAGAUGGGUGGGGUAUAAAUAAUAAAAUUAUUAUUAUCAUUAUAAUAAUCAUUCUGUGAGGCGUUCAUGUGCAUCUUGGCUGGAAUUAUGGGUCCCCUCAGGGACUGCUGGGGCUAGAGGAUGAAUAGUGGCAUUGAAGUAAAGCUAGCCCUCCUCUCCACUGUUACAGAGCUGGCCUGCAAGCCCAGUUCGCAAACAGGUUUCCUGUCUAUUUUAGCUGUUAAGAGAUGCUUAGGAUCUCUUGACGGUUGAAUCAUACCUUUAAGGUGUGACCCUAAGCGUAUGCUCCUGCCUAGGAAUGGAAUUGUCUUGUUUGGGCAGACUUAGUACCAGGAAAUACUAAGUACCAGGAGGUACUAAGUGGCCCACCAGAGAACUACAAUCUACUUUCCCUCAUCCCUGGCCAAGCACUUGGUUCAGAUCCUCCAGGAGAAUGAACAGUUGAGAUAGUCUGCUGUGUUUUCUCAGCAAGAGAGAUAGAGCAACUUGAUGAUGUCCAGUCUCAGUGUACACACACUUUCUCCCUCUGCACCAGAAGAGAAUAUGUCCACUGUCUUUCCCUAUUCAGAGAAGUAAUUUGUAGUGCCAUGCUGGCAUUAAUGCUAACCUUGAGGUGAAUGGAAAAUUAUGUGACUGAUCUAUUAGAACUGAGCAUUUGUAGAUUUGAGGGCUCAACACCUGUAUAUAGAAGUGCCAUGGUCAGAUCACUUCCUGGUGCAACUGGACUUCUCCGUGACCCUUCCCCUCUGCAGGGAGGCAGGACCGAUUCAGAUGGUCCGCCCCCGCCACUUAAUGGAUCCAAAUGGUUUCCAGAGAGUGGUAGGGGAUGUUUUAUCCCAUGUUGAUGGCCUUUCAGCUGAUUCCCUGGUGGCCCGCUGGAAUGUGGAGUUAACCAGGGCUAUUGACUGUUUGGCUCCAAAGCGCCCUCUCCGAUUGCAUGGAGUCCGGACAGCCCCGUGGUUUUCCACGGAUCUGAGGGCAAUGAAACAAUCGUUGAGACGGCUAGAGCGCCAGUGGCGGAUAACCCAUUCUGAAUCUGACCGGACACGGGUUAGAGCUCAAUGUCGAGCCUACCAAGUGGCGAUAGCGACGGCGAAGAAGACUUUCUUCACCACCUCUAUUGCAUCUGCGGAAAACAGCAGCAGGAGACUCUUUCAGGUGGUUCACAAUUUAGCGGAACCACCUGCUCCAUCAGGGCCCAGUAGGGGCCACAUGAUCUCCUGCAAUGACUUUGCAAAGUUUUUUUUGCAGAUAAAGUCGCUCAGAUUCGAGAAGAGGUAGACUCCACCGUGGGAGCAGGGCCGGGGCGGGAGAGUGCUAGAGUCCUGUCUAGUCAAGUUGUGUGGGAUCAUUUCCAAUCUGUUACCCCCGAGGAUGUGGACAGGCUGCUUGGACGAGUGAAACCAACCACUUGCCUCCUUGAUCCUUGCCCAUCCUGGCUUAUAAAAGCUAGCCGGGAAGGACUGGGCGAUGGGCUUCGUGGGGUGGUGAAUGCUUCCCUCCAUGAGGGAGCCUUCCCAGACCUGCUGAAAGAGGCGGUUAUUAAACCGCUUCUUAAAAAACCAUCUUAAGAUGCGGCCACGAUAGCCAACUAUCGCCCAGUCUCAAAUCUUCCAUUCUUGGGCAAGGUGAUUGAGCGAGUGGUUGCUGAACAACUCCAGGCACGCCUGGAAGAAGCGGACCAUUUGGAUCCCUUCCAGUCGGGAUUCAGGCCUCAUCAUGGGACUGAAACUGCCUUGGUCGCACUGGUUGAUGAUCUCCGGCGGGCUAGGGACAAAGGUGAGAGCUGUUUCCUAGUUCUGCUGGAUCUCUCAGCGGCGUUUGAUACCAUCGACCAUAACAUCCUUCUGGACCGUCUUGAGGGCUGGGAGCUGGGGGCACUGUUAUACAGUGGUUCCGCUCCUUCCUCCUGGGCCGUGUUCAGAAAGUGGUGGUGGGGAUGAGUGUUCAGACCCCUGGGCCCUCACUUGUGGGGUGCCUCAGGGUUCUGUCCUCUCCCAUGCUUUUCAACAUCUACAUGAAGCCGCUGGGAGAGAUCAUCAGGGGAUUUGGGCUGGGUGUUCAUCAGUAUGCGGAUGAUACCCAGCUCUACCUCUCUUUCAAAUCAGAACCAGUGAAGGCAGUGAAGGUCCUGUGUGAGUGCCUGGAGGCGGUUGGAGGUUGGAUGGCGGCUAACAGAUUGAGGUUGAAUCCUGACAAGACAGAAGUACUGUUUUUGGGGACAGGAGGCGGGCAGGUGUGGAGGAUUCCCUGGUCCUGAAUGGGGUAACUGUGCCCCUGAAGGACCAGGUGCGCAGCCUGGGAGUCAUUUUGGACUCACAGCUGUCCAUGGAGGCACAGGUCAAAUCUGUGUCCAGGGCAGCUGUUUACCAGCUCCAUCUGGUACGCAGGCUGAGACCCUAUCUGCCUGCGGACUGCCUCGCCAGAGUGGUGCAUGCUCUGGUUAUCUCCCGCUUGGAUUACUGCAAUGCGCUCUACGUGGGGCUACCUUUGAAGGUGACCCGGAAACUACAACUAAUCCAGAACGCGGCAGCUAGACUGGUGACUGGGAGCGGCCGCAGAGACCACAUAACACCGGUCUUGAAAGACCUACAUUGGCUCCCAGUACGUUUCCGAGCACAAUUCAAAGUGUUGGUGCUGACCUUUAAAGCCCUAAACGGCCUUGGUCCAGUAUAUCUGAAGGAGCGUCUCCACCCCCAUCGUUCUACCCGGACACUGAGGUCCAGCACUGAGGGCCUUCUGGCGGUUCCCUCACUGCGAGAAGCCAAGUUACAGGGAACCAGGCAGAGGGCCUUCUCGGUAGUGGCGCCUUCCCUGUGGAACACCCUCCCACCAGAUGUCAAAGAGAACAACAACUACCAGGCUUUUAGAAGACAUCUGAAGGCAGCCCUGUUUUGGGAAGCUUUUAAUGUUUGAUGUAUUAUAGUAUUUUAAUAUUCUUUUGGAAGCCGCCCAGAGUGGCCGGGGAAGCCCAGCCAGAUGGGCGGGGUAUAAAUAAUAAAUUAUUAUUAUUAUUAUUAUUAUUAUUAUUAUUAUUAUUAUUUGUGGCCGUGUAAGCAGUAUAUACAAUGCAAGUACUGUUUUUGUUGUAGAUGUUUGGAGCUGAAGAAGUCUGUUGAUGAAAAUAUCUCUGCUCUACAGAACUUGAAGAAAGUAAGUGUUUAAGGUACAGCACUUCUUGUUUCCACAAUAAUAAAUCGGAGAGGAGGUUCAGAAAAAUACUCUGUCAGGGUAGGACCUGAGAUUACUGCACUUACCCUGUCCAUCCUUCAAUGGUCAACCUAAAUUUGUUGUAAUGUAUACAACUUCCUUAGACAUCUGUAUAUAUAAUGCUAUUGGUAAACGUAUCCCAAAGUCAAAGGAGGCACUAUUUUUUUUAAGUAUAACGCACGAUGUGAUUGUUUACCUGUAAUUAGCAUAUUUUCCAUAAAUGUGAUUAAUGCCAGGCUAUGCUAGAUUGACAUUUUAGUUCAAAUCCUAAUGUACACAAGAAUGUUACGAAAAAUCUGGUGUAUUGUUAUCUUGCAGUCAGAUGAGCCUGCCCCUGUGGGAAAUUAUAAUCAGAGAAAAGAAGAAGAAGGAGAAAAAUUGUUAAUGCUUUCUGAGCAGCUGGAUAAACUUAUAGCAAUAUUUAGCCGGGAAGAUGUGACCAAGGACUCCAGCAUGUAAGUAGAUUAACAGUAUAAACCUGUGGGAGUCUGCUCAGAGGUAAGGCUGCAAUCCUAACCCUACUUAUCUGCCAGUAAGCCCCACUGAAUUCAGGAGACUUACUUCUGUGUAUUUAUGGUUAGGUCUGCAGCUUCAGUCCCAUUGAGUUCAGUGGGAUUUACUCCCAGAUAAGUGUGUACAGGAUUGCACUCUAAAAUCGAUUUUUUAUUAAUCAAGCUGGAUUAUCCCAUGCUUGCUCAAGUCUGAGCAUGGGCAUCUUUAUCAACAUAAAACUUUGUUAUAAGGUAAAGGUAAAGGACCCCUGAAUGGUUAAGUCCAGUCAAAGGCGACUAUGGGGUUGUGGCACUCAUCUUGCUUUCAGGCCGAGGGAGCCGGCGUUUGUCCACAGACAGCUUUCUGGGUUAUGUGGCCAGCAUGACUAAACUGCUUCUGGUGCAACGGAACACCAUGAUGGAAGCCAGAGUGCACAAAAAUGCCGUUUACCUUCCCGCUGCAGCGCUACCUAUUUAUCUACUUGCACUGGCAUGCUUUCAAACUGCUAGUUUGGCAGGAGCUGGGACAGAGUAACAGGAGCUCACCCCAUCGUGGGAUUCGAACCACCGACCUUCUGAUCGGCAAGCCCAAGCGGCUCAGUGGUUUAGAUCACAGCACCACCCUCGUCCCUUAUAGUUACAGGUGCAUAGUCAUUGAUGCUUUGUCUGCUACAUAAUUUUAGCUUUAUCUGACAUAAUUGUAUAAUUGUUAAUUGCUACCUACCCCAAAGUUAAGGGAUGAGAAUGCUUAGAAAUAUUAAUGUAUUCAAAAUAUGAAAUUGAGGAAUUAUUGAGACACCUGGUCCUUCUUAUACCCCAGAACAAGAAAGGAGAAGUUCUUUACAAUAUUGUCUGUGUCAGUGGUUGAUUAGAAUAAGCAGUUGUCAAAAGACUGUGAUGGACUCUGUUUCUUUUUGGGUUAGCAAUACAAAAAGGAAGGACAGCCCAAAAACACUACAAGAAAACGAAGAAAGUGAAGAGGAAGAUGAGGAGGAGGAGGAAGAAGAAGAAGAAGAAGAAAGUACACAGGAUGAUGGUGAUGAUGAAGAGGAUGGCGAAGAUGAAGACAAACUCGGAGAUGAUUCAGCUAUUAAAAAUUUUAUCACUCUUGGUGAUUUUUCUGCACAGCAAGAAGGCGACCUGACCUUUAAAGUAAGUAAAAUGUAAUAUUAUUAGUUUAUGUGGGCAUAUCUCACUAAGCACUAUAGCUGUGUAGGAUUUGUUUGUUCAUUUGGUGUAGACAUAGCAUAAGUCAGUCCUCACCAAUCCCACUCGGAUGCCUUCUUGCAGUGUCCAAAAACUCUAUUUGAUUAUGCUACACAAGUCUAGCAGUGAUGGUUUUUCCCUAGGGUAACAAAGUCAAUCAAUGCUGCUAUGCAUGUGAUAGGCACCAAGUUGGCUCGUGAUGCCAGGUAGCCUAAUAGGAACAGGUGGCCAUUAUCAUUGUUAUAGCUGGAGAGAGGUGUGCACUGUAUAGGAGAGGGGAGCAGCAGUGCACCUCCAUCCCUGGAGCCUCCUUAUACAUGAGGAUAAGGCUUUAUCCCUGUUACCGUGUUUCUCCAAGUGUACUACUCUCACAUGAAAAGGUAAAUAUCUCGAUUGCUAUAGGUACUAAAUAUAUACUGGGUGAGUCCAUAUUCUAGGGUGGUGGUGGGGAGGCUUUUUCCUGCUUUCCAUCUCUCACCUCUCCCUUCCUAGUUGUAGCUUUUUUCUUUUGUCCCCUACCAUUUAAUGUGAACAUUGAGAAUCAAGGUUAGCCCACCACCUGCAUAGGCCUAGCCUGGGUUCAGUUUCUUGGUCUUCCCAGAGUGUCUCUCUAGACUGUAGCAACGAGGUAGGAUUCAGGAUCAAGCUUUUAUAUGUGUGAUGUUGGAAGCCCAAUAUAACAGCUAGCUCAGUCUUAAGAGCAUCUGUAAACCAUUCAAUAUUUACAUGCCCAACUCUAGGAUCUUCCACAGUAAUAUUUUGCAUCAAUUGGUAGAAAUACAGUGGUACCUCGGGUUAAGAACUUAAUUCGUUCUGGAGGUCUGUUCUUAACCUGAAACUAUUCUUAACCUGAAGCACCACUUUAGCUAAUGGGGCCUCCUGCUACUGCUGCGCCGCCGCUGCACGAUUUCUGUUCUCGUCUUGAAGCAAAGUUCUUAAUCCGAGGUAAUAUUUCUGGGUUAGCGGAGUCUGUAACCUGAAGUGUAUGUAACCUGAAGCGUAUGUAACCUGAGGUACCACAGUAUAAGAAUAGCAGUCACUUUGGGUAGAAGCAACAAACUAGACCACUAGGCCUCUGCUUUCAUUAUCUAUUCAGCACAGAAUAUCUUUAAACCCUUGUGUAUUAAUGUAGUUUCUUCCCUCUCUUUGUUUUCAAUACUGAAGAAAGGCGAAGUUCUGCUUAUCCUUGAGAAAAAGCCUGACGGUUGGUGGCUAGCUAAAAACUCCAAAGGGGAGAGGGGCCUUGUGCCUAAAACCUACCUUAUGGUUGGUAUGCUUCUACUUUUCUCUUUCUAUUCAGUUCCAUGUUUAAUGUUAUUGUUGGCAUCUUUCCACCUUAGUGGGCUUGCAGUGUUCCCCUAGGUGAAAGCAGGGGUGAAAUAAUCUUUUCAUGGACUGCUGCAGCCGUCUGGACAGCGAUAUGGAAAAUAACUACCAAGCUUUCAUCUUUCCCAAGAUUGUGGUGUGGUGGAAUGUGGGGAUGGCAUUUUUUAGUGCUAUAGAAAUAAAACCCAGUAGCAUGCCAACUGGUAGAUAUUUUCUGUCAUUCCUCAAAUAUUUCAGACUGCUUUCUUGAGACGCCCAGCCAAACAUAACAUCUUAGGGCGGUUCCAGACUGUUGCUAUUUUCAGGUAAGAUUCAAUCGCAUCUUGGCAAAUUCAGAUUGUGCAAUUAUAGAUGAUAGGGAGGUCUUGUGCAACACACCCUUAAAAAAAAAAUCAAACAGACUUUUUGGGAUAAAAGAAAGUGACAGGAAAAUGCACUGGAAACAACGCUUUGACACAAUGUCAGCUAACUUCCCUCCAAACAAAUCUGAAUAAAUACUCAGUAGCGACCCAGGAUCCAACCCAGGGCGUAUUCACAAAGGAGCAAUAAUUUGAAGCAAGAAUUUCCACUUCUACUGCAACAUAAGAUCACCCAACUUCCUUUUUAAAAUAAAAUAGAUAUAGAAUGUUAUUGACUGUUGCAAUGGAUCAACUUUGUAGGUGAAAGAUGAGGAAGAGGGCCAAGAACCAAGUGAAGAAGAAACCGAGGAAGAUAUAGAGGUGGCAGAUGAAACGGAAGGAGGGGCCAACAUUCUGAAAAGGUAAAGGGACCAGAGCUGUGAGUGGAAAUGCAUCAUCAUGCUGCUGUUUGUGAUGGGGGCUUCUUCAUUGCAGAAGCUUCCUUGCGUCGUUUGUGUAUCCCCAAUUUGAACUUGACUGAUUUCAGUCCUGAUUUGUAUCUACUACAAGAGCAAACACAGUGGGAGAUGGUAAAGCCAUUUAAACCAGGGCUCUGCAUAAUGGGAAAAUAUAAUAAUAAUAAUAAUAAUAAUAAUAAUAAUAAUAAUUAAUAAUAAAAUAAAUAAAUAAUACUCCUCCCAUCUGGCUGGGUUUCCCCAGCCACUCUGGGCAGCUCCCAACAGAAUAUUAAAAACACGAUAAAAGAUCAAACAUUAAAAACUUCCUAAACAGGGCUGCUUUCAGACGUCUUCUGAAAGUCAGAUAGUUGUUUAUUUCCUUGACAUCUGACGGGUGUUCCACAGGGCAGGCGCUAUUGGCGAGAAGGCCCUCUGCCUGGUUCCCUCUAACCUCACUUCUCACAGUGAGGGAACCACCAGAAGGCCCUUGGAGCUGGACCUCAGUGUCCGGGCUGGACGAUGGGGGUGGAGAUGUUCCUUUAGGUAUACUGGGCCAAGGUUUGCAGUAGUGAUAGUUUGGGAAGGCAUCUCUGAACAGGAAUUUAUAAGAAUCCGGAAGAAUCCUGAGAAAAGUGAAUAAUUUAUUUAAUGUCAUUUAAGGAAUAAUAAUAAUAAUAAUAAUAAAUUUUAUUUAUAUCCCGCCCUCCCCAGCCAAAGCCGGGCUCAGGGCGGCUAACAACAAUAAAACAGUAUAAAAGUAUAGCAUAAACAACACUCUAAAAUCAUUCAUUAUAAAAUUAAUUAAUUCAGGCCACUGGCAACUAUUGGGCCAGAGCUCCGCGAAGAUUGCCGAGGGAGGGAGUCAGGCUGUGCCCUGGCCAAAGGCCUGGUGGAAGAGCUCUGUCUUGCAGGCCCUGCGGAAAGAUGUCAAGUCCCGCAGGGCCCUGGUCUCUUGUGACAGAGCGUUCCACCAGAUCGGAGCCACAGCCGAAAGCCCAGGCACUAGUUGAGGCCAGCCUAACUUCUCUGUGGCCUGGGACCUUCAAGAUGUUUUUAUUUGAAGACCGUAAGUUUCUCUGUGGGGCAUACCAGGAGAGGCGGUCCCGUAGGUACGAGGGUCCUAGGCCGUAUAGGGCUUUAAAGGUUAAAACCAGCACCUUAAACCUGAUCCUGUACUCCACCGGGAGCCAGUGCAGCUGGUGUAGCACCGGGUGAAUGUGAUCUCGCAGCGAAGACCCCGUAAGGAGUCUCGCUGCAGCAUUCUGCACCCGCUGGAGUUUCUGGGUCAGUCUCAAGGGCAGCCCCACGUAGAGCGAGUUACAAUAAUCCAGUCUGGAGGUGACCGUCGCGUGGAUCACAGUGGCUAGGUCAGGGCGAGAGAGGUAAGGAGCCAACUGCUUAGCUUGGCGGAGAUGGAAAAAUGCCGCCUUUGUUAUAGCUGCAAUCUGCGCCUCCAUGGAAGGGAGGUGUCGAAGAUUACACCCAAACUCUUAACGGAUGGUGCUGGCACUAAUUGCGCCCCGCAAGAGAUGGGAGUAGCCACCCAAUCCCAUAUCGCCCCGUCCCAGCCACAGGACCUCUGUCUUCGAAGGAUUUAGCUUCAACCGGCUCCCACGUAACCAUCCAGCCACAGCUUCCAAACAUCUGGUCAGUGUGUCUGGGGCCGAGUCAGGAUGGCCAUCCAUCAACAGAUAGAGUUGGGUGUCAUCGGCAUACUGAUGGCAGCCCAGCCCAAAACUCCGAACAAGCUGGGCGAGGGGGCGCAUAAAGAUGUUGAAAAGCAUCGGGAGAGUAUCGCACCCUGAGGUACUCCACACACCAAGGAGUGGCGCGAUGACAAUUCCCCCAAGCGCCACCCUCGGGCCCCGACCGGAGAGAACCGAGCGCAGCCAUUGAAGGGCUGUGCCCUGGAUCCCCACGUCGGCAAGGCGGUGGUCCAGAAGUUCGUGAUCGACCAUGUCGAAAGCUGCUGACAGAUCUAGAAGAAUCAGCAGCCCCGACCCGCCUCGAUCCAGCUGUCUACGAAGAUCAUCUGUUAGGGCGACCAGAGCCGUCUCGGUCCCAUGACCAGCGCGGAAGCCGGACUGGAAUGGAUCCAGAGCCGAUGUUUCAUCCAGAAACCCACCAAGCUGUUCAGCAACCGCUCUCUCAAUCACCUUACCCAGGAACGGAGGAUUCGAAACCGGGGGGUAGUUGGAUAGAUCUAAAGGAUCUAAUGAUGUUUUCUUUAAGAGCGGGCGCACCACUGCCUCCUUCAGUUCCCCUGGGAAUGUCCCCGUGCCAAGGGACAAAUUGAUGAUAUUCCCCAGGAGGGCCCGCACCUCGUCUGGACACGCUCUAAUCAGCCAAGGCGGGCACGGGUCGAGAGGACAGGUGGUGGGCUUUCCAGCUCGGAGGAGUCUGUCCACAUCGGCUGGGGAUAUCCGGUCGAAGUGGUCCAAUACUGGACCCGAGGACAGUCGAGGGGCCUCCAGUUCCUUUAUUGUAUCCAAAUUGGCAGGGAGGUCAUGGCGGAGCAACAAGACCUUCUCCGCAAAAAAGCUCGCAAAUGCCUCACAGUAGAACUUCAUUUCUACUGGACUUCAGAACAUUAUUACAGUAGAGCGGCUGUAAAUCUGGUACUGUUUCUUUUAUGAACACUUGUGCCUUCAAUUUGUUACUGCUCUUGUGGAACAUUUUGUAAUGGCAUACACCACACCAUUUCUAAUUGUGCUGUACACUACCCAUGGUUCCUGUUUGAGUGGAAGGGCAGUGUAGAAAUCAAACAAACAAACUGACAAAAUAGGUACAACAGUGAUCAGACCACUUUCACGUGGUAGUGAAAGGCAGGCGAAUAGUGCGAAAACUAAGGCUGCCUUAGCCACAAAACUGAAUUGAAUAAAGAUUCCAGUCUCAGUUACCACAUAGUCAGAAUAUAGAUUAAAUGGUUUUUCCCAGUGGGAUCGUCACUCAGUGUGCCAUUUUACAACCCAUCACCAUAAUCACAUAUUGAGUGUCAAUUUGCCCAUCUAUAUAUUUGCAGUUAAUUGAUUUGUGGUUCAGCUUUGUGUUAUGUUCUUAUUUUUAUGCUACCUACAGAACAGAUUCGCAUUGGAGUGCUGUUAAAAAGGCCAUCACAGAGGUAAGCCUGUGUUUUAUCAUUUGCAUACCAUUCAUGAUUAUUGAUAUUUUGCUUGGUUUUUCUUACAAAACCAGACAGCCAAACUGGUACUCUUAUUUCAUAUGGUACUCCCUCUUUCAAACAGUCCAACUAUGGACAGCAAAGUUGGCAAACUGAGUAUCAGUUUGCUUGAAAAGGGCAGGAACAGUGCAGUCCUAUUCAUGUUUACACACAAGGAAGUUCCACUAUGUUUAGUGGGGCUUACUUCUAGGUACUAUAAUGUAAAGAAUUGCAGGUGCAGAGUGUUUCUGCUUGUUCAUCCAGUGGCUCUUCAAAAUACUUGAUGUUCAGUGACUUGCUACUUAAAGGCUAAUAUGGAGCCAGAAGCAAACUGAUAAAUGGAAGCAAUAUCAAGGUUGAAUUAUCACUAUUCUUAAUAGAAUAAUACCUUAGAUGCACUGACAACUAUGGGAGCAGUUCCUGCAGGAUUCCGACCUUCAACACUUGCACAGCUCUUGGAAGAAGGUAGGAGUUUUGUAAAACUACUCUAUUAAACCCAGAGCUCCCAAGGUAUGAAGGAAGUUUAUUUUAGGAAGUGUGAACAUUUAUUGGGAGGUGACCAAAGUUCUGAUGGAAGAAUGUUGUAAUUGUAUUUGUGAGGGGUUUUUUUUACAGUCAAGUGGGGCAUUUUUAUGAAAUAAAUAUUUUUAUUGCAUUUUUCAUUUCGUUAAGUUCUGGAUAGCAGUGUGUCAGUUUGUGUAUUGGAGCAGGUCAGCAAUAACUCACAAGGUGUCAGUGAAAUUAACUAUUUAGUCAAAGAAACAAAUAGCUCAGGCCUAGUGAGCACAGCAACUAGAUCUUGCCCCAAUGGAGCAUUUGCCAGGACUGAAGGUCUGUAAGUCUCCUACUCCCCCAAUUCCUUCCCAUGCAGUCUGAGGUUCCUUCAUCUUGCCUGUCUUUUCUCCGCCUUUUCUAUACCACUUCAGAUUCUGGGAAACCAGAGGGGAGGGAGCUGGUUAGAGCAGGAGGGGGAGACCCCCGGCGUCUUCAGCGGCCUGACUCAUCUCUGUUUCUUGCCCCCCCCCCAGCCUGGACUGCUCUCUGCCACAGCCUCUUCCUGCUCACUAAACCCUGUUACUGCUUCAGUUUCUGCUUCCUCCCUUCCCUCUGUCCACUCAUUGUUGUCCCACCACCAAUCCCCUGUCUCUGAGCCUUCUUCCCUUGGGGGUUCCCCAGCUGGUAUCUCCCACCACUCCUCUGCAUCCAGUCAGUCCAUGAUAUGGUGGUGACAGAAAUCUUUUAACAGAGUUUAAAAAUGCCUCUUUUCUAUUUGGAAAAACGCCCCUGAAACUCCAAGCGUCCUCCAGUAUUCGCAGCCCUGGAAAAGGCAUUUCCCCUCUUCUCCAGUGUGCUCAGCAACAUAUAUCAGAAUGAUAUAUGCACACUAAUCUUCUGGCAAAACACUAAUCUUUUGGCAAGAAGAGCAAGACAGAGCAAGAAGAGCAAGAUAAGAUUUAUCACCAAGUCAAUACGUUUAAGAUUAGGAUGUCAGUCUGUAAUUGUGCUACUGCUGAAGUCAUAAAGUUACUUACUUGCAAAUUCUAUUGAAGAUAACCAAGAUAAAGGGAGAUGGGAAAAUAAACACACUAAAAAUAAGCAUUGUUCUUCCAGGAGUUCAGUUUCGGGCUUCUUACUUCUUACAACCUGAGCUCACACCUUCCAAUCUUUCUUUCCGAGAUCUAGUGUGGAACCCGGAAAAAGGCACUGUAAGUAUUUGCUCUCAAUAAAAGCCAGAUAAACUCUCUUUAGGGUAGCAGAAAAUGGGGAAAUAGGAGAAAAUGGAUUAUGCAAUAACAUAUUAUGAAGUAAAUGUAGCUGUAAAAUGUAAAACUCUGGUGCCCGCCCCCUUUCUUUCAGAUUCAGUCAAGGCCAACUCGGCUAUCACUGAUUGUGACCCUAUGGAACUGUAAAGGGAUUCCUUUUCCUGGAAUGAGCAUACAAGUCCUGAGUAGACAUAUCCGACUCUGCCUUUUUGACGGUAACAGAGUGAGUUCUACAAAUCACUUAACCUGAGCAGUUAAAAUUUGAACUUCUUCCAAUAUCUUGAUCACAUUUAUGAAACGGGAAGCAUGUGUCUACUCAGUUGUCAACUGCUAUUUUGUGGUGGAUUUAAACAGUUGCUGCCUGUAAUUUAUUUGCAUACAGUUCUUUGUUCUGCAUUUUAAAAGCUUAUCAGGCUACAGUUAAUUUGUACCUGAGACAGUAUUCCAGACUUCUCCUUUCUGGCUAUCCUAUCUUAUAUCUGCAGCAUUGCAUGAUAUUUAUCUGUACAUGACCCAUGUGCAGCAUUGACAUAUUUAGGGUAGUAGUCCAUGAAAUUUAACUCAGAAUUGACUCACUGAAAUUAAUGAACACGGCUAAGUUAGGUUUAUUAAUUUCAAUAGAUCUGUUCUGAGUUGCACACUACCCUCAAUGCCACAUAAGUUGAUUAGUCUGUCACCCCUCCUUAUCAGAGAGCUGAUGGAUAAUAGACCUGAUUGUUACAACACCCUUGAACAUGUACUGUAUUUUUUGCUCUAUAAGACUCCUAAAAAGUAAGGGGAAAUGUGUGUGCAUCUUAUGGAGCGAAUGCAGGCUGCGCAGCUAUCCCAGAAGCCAGAACAGCAAGAGGGGUUGCUGCUUUCGCUGCACAGCGAUCCCUCUUGCUGUUCUGGCUUCUGAGAUUCAGAAUAUUUUUUUUCUUGUUUUCCUCCUCCAAAAACUAGGUGCAUCUUAUGGUCUGGUGCGUCUUAUAGAGUGAAAAAUACAGUACCUAGUAAUUCUCAAAAGCAGGAUUUGCAUUGUUCUCCAUUGCAGAGUGAAAGCAUCAGUUUGUGAUAGGCUGGAUUCAGUGAUCAUAUUUCUAAAUUUCAUGAGCUAAAGAAGGUGAAGGUUGGUGAUUCGAACAUAAGCUGAUCUUGUAAUGAAAUAGUUUCCCUUUCUUCAUUGCGUUAAUCUACACUGCUGUAUUCAAAUGUUACUUUCUCAUUUUAGAUACUGAGUAAUAUUCAUACAGUUAGAGCUACGUGGCAACCUAAAAAUCCCAAAACAUGGACUUUUUCUCCACGGGUAAGAAUACUGAGGAGAUUAUUGAUAGAUUUGACCUGGUAAAUUUUGCAUAACUUUGUAGGAUUGUGAUCUGUAGUAUGUACAAUUAAUUCUAGCGCAAUCUGAUAAUAAUCUUCCUCCCUGCCAAAAAAAAUUAAUAAUAAUAAUUAACCAAAAUGCUAGUUAAGCAUUACUUGUGAUUUAGAGGAGGGGGAACUGAGCCAUAGAAACACACGCCAAGUUCUCAGUUGCCAAGCAGAAUGAAUUUAAGUGCUAUGAGGUUUGACCUCUGGAAACCACCUCUUGGAACUGUAUUGAUAAAAUCCUGCUGACUUGAGGAUCAAACUAGAUAAGACACGGGAAAUUCAUUUGCUGUUUCUUUCUUUUUUUUUACAAAAAUAAAAAAGCUUGGGUAGAGGGUCAGAGCGUUGGAGAAGGAAGGGCAAAAGGUUUACUCAUCUAAAUCCUUCCACCCCUAUUUGCUGUGCUAAGAAUAAGAUGAGCAAAUAGCACCUGGGAAUAAUCUGGAACAGGAAAGCUGUUCAGGGCAUUAAUCCCCCACCCUCAUCACUUCUUGUUGUUGUUUAGUCAUUUAGUCGUGUCCGUCUCUUCGUGACCCCAUGGACCAGAGCACGCCAGGCACUCCUGUCUUCCACUGCCUCCCGCAGUUUGGUCAAACACUUGCUGGUAGCUUCGAGAACAUUGUCCAUCACUAGGGGUCAGCAAACUUUUUCAGCAGGGGGCCGGUCCACUGUCCCUCAGACCUUGUGGGGGGCCGGACUAUAUUUUGAAAAAAAUAUAUUGAACGAAUUCCUAUGCCCCACAAAUAACCCAGAGAUGCAUUUUAAAUAAAAGCACACAUUCUACUCAUGUAAAAACACCAGGCAGGCCCCACAAAUAACUCAGAGAUGCGUUUUAAAUAAAAGGACACAUUCUACUCAUGUAAAAACACGCUGAUUCCCGGACCGUCCGCAGGCUGGAUUGAGAAGGUAAUUGGGCCGGCCCCGGCGCCCGGGUCUUAGUUUGCCUACCCAUGCUCAUCACUGUUGUUCAAAUUGAAUUCCACUCACUUGCUUUGCAUUUGGCACUAAAUAAUCACAGGUUACUUGUAUGUGCUGAAGGAAGUGCCAUGGAUUGUUCAGCAGGUGGCAGUGUUUCUUCUGAAUCAGUGUUGAAAUCACACAGCAAGUGGGAGCUUCAAAUAUGAAUUUGCCCCUGUUUUGAAAUUAUAUUGCAUCUCGGUAUUAACAAGUCUACUGGAUACCCCUGAGGCAUGGUUAAAUUGUUUAUCUCUGGGUAUAUUUGCUUGUUUCUUUUUGAUCCACAUAUAGCAGUGGAAAGCCAUGAUGUUAUGACUUUGUGAGUCCUCUCCCUGCCCCAACAGCAGCCAGCGAGGAAAAGUGCAUGGUGCAUUUCCAUUGCCACGCAUUAGUGGUGAAGAAAAUUCACAGGGUUGCCAUUUUUGACAGCACCAAUCCAUUCUUCAUCAUAUCUAAUUUUGUCCUUAGCUUGUCACAGUUCAUGUAUAGGGGGAAUUUGUUGAGUGAAAGGAAGGCAUUGAAGAGGUGCUGAAACCUCUGUCAUUAAGCUGAGCUUUGCUUGCUUGGAGCACCAGUUUAGAGUUUGAAGAAGGGAAGAAGGCUUCAAGAGGAGCUGCCUUCAGAUAAGAAGGACACUGCAAAAUGGAUCUUCUUUGGAAGCUGGUGCCUAUAUCUUUGUGGAAAAUAAAACACAAUGCCCUCCUGGUUGUGUAGCUUGCCGACCACUAUAGGAUUUUGUGUGUAUUCCCUGGUUGUAUCACUUAGUUGUGUGCAACAAUUUCACACAAAACUAGGUGGCACUAUAGGAUUUAGUGUGUAUUCCCUGGUUGUAUCACUUAGUUGUGUGCAACAAUUUCAUACAAAACUAGGUGGCAUGUAAAUAUAGUGAUUGUUGGUGAUGCUUGUGAUUUAAUUUAAUAGUUUAUUUCUGAAAGGAAAUGGAGGAAUUCUAUUGGUGUUUCAAGAGAAUCUUGAAAUAAAAUGCUUAGAUAUAUUUGCUGCUGCUUCUUUUUUUACAUUUUUAGGUGACUGGCAUCUUACCGUGCCUGCUUGACGGUGACUGUUUUAUUAGAUCCAAUUCCCCAUCUCCGGACAUAGGCAUAUUAUUUGAACUUGGGAUCACUUACAUUCGGAAUGUAAGUUCUCACAGGUGAUUCAGUGCAUGAAACUAUUAGAAGACAGGCUGUCUGUUGGUAUUUCUUUUAUAUACAAAGAGCUUGGCAUCAUAAACCACAGGAAUGAAGUAGAAGUUGGUUUCAGUAUCAUAAGAAUGCCAACCUCCCAUUAGGACUGGCACAUAAUUUAUUAGUAUGAAUUGCCAUUCUCCUGCUUGGUGAUUUGGCUGGCCGAUCGUUAAGCUGUGUAUACUUGAGGUUAAGGUUAAUAAAUCAAAUUUAUUUGAUAAGACAAAAGUGAAAGUGAUGGCGAAGACUACCAGCCUAUAUUUUUUUACCUUCCUUUUUGGGGUAGCUCAUGAAAUAUUGAAGGGCACGCACAUUACGAACAUAAGAGCAGCCCUGCUGCACCGGGCCAAAUGCACAUUGAGUCCAGCAUCUUGUUCUUAAAGUAGCUCACUAGGUACCUGUGGGAAGCCCACAAGCAGUGGCGGAGGAAGCUGCUCGGGCGCCUGGGGCGGCGCGCCCGGGGGUGGGGCAAGCCACCCAUAGGGGCGGGGCACACCGCAGGGCCUCCGGAGUCUCCCUGACUUCUCCCACUCAGCUGCCCUACAUCGGGGGGGGGGGGGAGGCAGCAUGUGGAUCGUUUGGGCAGCGCGGAGCCUGCAUGAGCCCAAGCCACCCUGUAUCUCCCAGGAGAGAUGUGUGACUUAGGCAUGCUGCAGGCUCUGCGGUGAGUACCGCCUGGCAUUUUGUCACACCCUUCAGGGGUGACACCCGGGGCGGACCACCCCCACCGCACCCCCUUCCUUUGCCCCUGCCCACAAGCAGGACUGGAGUGCAGUAGUGCUCUCUGCAUUUGCUGUUCCCACAAACUGGUAUCCUGAGGCGUGCUGCCUCCAACUGUCCUAUUGUAAUCAUAACUGGUAGCCAUUGAUAGCCUCAUCCUCCAUGAAUUUGUCUAGUCCUCUUUAAAAACCAUCCACAUUGAUGGCCAUUGCAAUAUAUUUUAACUCUGCGCUGUGUGAAGUAGUACUUUGUUUUGUCUGCCCUGAAUUUUCCCAACAUUUGGUUUUAUUGGAUGGCCUUGUUUCCCUCUGGUUAGCCACUGAACCCAGUGCUCUGUUAUUGUAGAGAUGACCAGUCCCUGAAGAUUGCAUGAAGAAAAUACAAAACAGGGCUAUCUGUGUAUGCAAGCUUGAUUGCCUUGCUGAUAGCUGCAACCAUUAAACCAAUUCCAUUCCUUUAGCUGCAUUUAUUGGUACAAUCAAACCCACCUAGCUUUGAGUGGCAGGCAUUGAUUAUUCCUAGGGUGAUGGCAGGGGGGAAGGAAGGAGAGCCUGCCAUUGCUGCUUCAGCUGCACACAUAACACAGAUAAUGCGGGAAGAGUGGAGCAGAUGGACCCAAGGGCUGAUUAUGUCCAACCGUUCUACAUUUUAGCAACCUGGAUAAUUAGUUUCAUCCACCUUAUUUUCUAGUCAACAGGUGAGAGAGGAGAAUUAAGCUGUGGCUGGGCAUUUCUAAAACUUUUUGACUCAAGCGGACUUCCAGUUUCCUCCAAGUAAGUUUUGUUUGUGAUUUGGGGAGGUUAAAAUUUAUAAAGAUACAUCAAAUCCACAGGGUUGGUUUAUUAUGUGUUUAUUGCAUUUAUAUCCCACCUUCCUCCAAAGAGCUCAAUGUGGCAUACAUAGGUCUUCCCCCUUCUCACAUAUUUGAUCCUCACAACAGCCCUGCCAGUUGAGUUAUGCUGAGAGAGAAUGACUGGCUCAGUGAGCUUCAUGGCUGAGUUGGGAUUUGAACCCAGCCCUCGCCUGACACUCUAACCAUUACACCACAAUGGCUCUGCCUGCUUGGUUUUGCCUUCCGCAAGUUAUCUGCCAGAGGUGAAAAAAUGUGUUGCAUCGGUUAACUCCAGAAAUUUCAGCAGUCAAAGCUGAUGAUGUAACAUCACAGGGAUACUUGGUUUUGAGUGUCCCUCAUAUGGUACUACUCAAUAGCAUUCAUGAGCCAUUUCAUGCUUCACCUACAAUACAAAUCUCCUGAUGAAUAUUAUUCAGAAAUAGGUGUGAAAGUUCAGAUGCAGCUUCCUGGCACUUGCCAUGUGUCUCCUCUGUACGGCUGGCAUUGUGACAGACACCAGUUUGCAAUGCAAAGUGUGUGUAGACCUGAUGGGUGUUUGAUUGCGGCCAUCACAUUGUAGGAAUCUCAUGUUUGGACCAAUAACCACACACGUUCCCCAGAAUCCUGGCAGUUCCAGAAGGCAGCAAGGUGCCAGUGCAGAUGCCAGGGUCUUGAUGCUGCCACAAGGUAGAGUGAGGAGGUAUUUGGAAGAUGGCUGUAACCGUCAGACAAAGGCUUGUAGUUGUUGCAUCUUAACUAGCCCUGUGUAACUAAGAUGGAGUAGGGGAAUAAUGAAGCUGCCCAUUAGUUAAACUGCUGAGAGUUGGUAGGGGAGGUUUUUUAAAACAGAGAUUGGCAUGUGCCUUGCUUCAUAUAGGUCACCUGGCGGAGAAGACUUUUUGAGUGUGCUCUUAGUUUGCAUGCCUUGGUGGGUCGCUGCUUGUCUGUUACUCAAGGGCCCCCAAAUACUGAAGAUGGCUGUGCCACCAAACGAUUGCUGUUAAAAUAUGGCAGCCUUUUUCAGUUUAGGAAGCUGUCCUGUAGCAAGUUAGGCAAUUUUUCUAUCUAGACCAGUGUUGCCUAUACAGAUUGGAAGCAGCUUUCCAGGGUUUCAGACAAGAGACAUAUCCAGUUCUGCCUGAGGAUGCAUUUGCUUCCUGUGUUGGCAUUUAGAACUUUGCUACUUACCUUGACUUUUGGGGGAGCAUUUAAAAUAUUAAGUUGCAUUGCCAGGUUUCCCCCCUCAAAGUUGUAUGGCAGCUGCUUCACCUCCUAAGCAUUUCGAAUUCAUAUUCUUUAUUAUGGUGGUCCACACACCAAUCCUGAAUGCUAGUUUGCAGUUGCUCCUGUUUAACAUACAGGGAACUGAGGAUGAGAGAGACCCCCCUUUCCCACCGCAGGCCACCAUUCCCCUUUCUCUCCCCCCUCCCCCCGUCCUGAGCCACUCCAGGGAGGGCUGUAAAUGAUGUAUUGGUGGAACAGAUGAAACUGGAGGAGGAUCAACAGCCCCUCUUCCCAAACACAAAAUUGGAAGUGUUUUCUGCUCCCACAUUGGAGCUCUCUGGAUGCUGGCCAUGGUGACGUAUCUCCUGGCUCUCACUCGUAUCCUGCUGCUAUUUCCCUAGUGCCUGCCAAUACUUCCCCAUAAAGCUAAAGCUUAAAAGAAAUAAGCAUAGCAGAUAAAGAUUCAGUUUAACAGUAUUCAUUUCACAAUAAUACUACAUUACUUAUCAGAAGCACAUAAUUGCAAAUGCAUCUGCAACAUUUUCCAGAUUUCACAUUCUUUGCCAACAGAAACAAUUUUUUUUGCCAUGGUGGGGGGGGGGGGAAUUCUAGCAAGAGGAAAUCUGAAUUGCAACAGGCAACUUGGCUGUACACCAGGAUCACAAUAUCAGUGAGAUUUACUCAGCGCCUUGGCUAAUGCUCUCAACUGACUAUCUGUUGCAUCUUCAACUAAGGAGGGGGAACCUGUGGCCCUCCAGAUGUCAUUCAGCGCCCAUCAGUCCAAGACAGCGUGGCCAAUGGUUGGAGAUGAUGGGAAUUGUAGUCUUCACAAUUAGAAGACUACAAGACAGUGUUAGAAACUGAGAUAAGAAAGCUAGGCGUUAAAUAGCCCCUUAAACCUAGGUUAUGGGCGCAACAACGGAAUGUCUCGGUAUGCUUUUUAUAACAAGAAUACAAAGCUGAAAAUGAGUGAACUGCAGCUAAAAUAUUAUGUUCAUUUUUGACAGAGUCCAGUCCUUCCCCUGCCCACCUCUCUAAUAUUCUUAAGAGAGUCUCUUCUCCAGUCUUCAGAGAGUAGCUGGAAGUGGGGAGGCAGAAAAAGGUUCUCCUUUCCUUCCACUCUGCAGUUUUAAUCUGAAAUCUUAGGUGCAGUUCUGUGCCCAGAGUUCAGAAACUGCUCAUGCUAAUGAAAUUCCCUGUUUGCAAAAUGCACCUAGAACAAUGGGAGUUUCGAACACUGGCUGCAGAUUCCCCAUCCCUUGCUGAAACCUGCACUCAAAUCUCCCACUGGGUUCAAUGGGACUCCUAAGUAAGCGUGAUAGAAGCGCAGCCUUGAAAGUUACAAAUUAACACACAUUCAUCUCUUUCUUCCUCCAAAGUUCAUCAAGGCCAGCUUUAGUGAUGUUUACUUAAUAUAGCAUUACGUACGCCACAUAUUUUUUUUUAUAAAGAAAACCCUUUUCUAUGCAAGGCAAGGCAGGACCAAAACUGACUAAUGCUAAUUAACGUCUUUUGCCACCCAAGCAUUCUUGCCAUUUCUGCAUUCCAGGGGCUCGGCUCACAGAGGCUGUCCUUGAGAGGAACAUUUCUGAUCAUACCACAGAUCCUUGAGCUGGGCUUGGAUACUGCCCCAAGACUGACUCAUUGCUAGGCUUGUACUACAUGUGUCUCAUAGCCUGGGUGAAUACUGAAACUCGAUGUCAUGUGAUGUGUAUGCAGCCUGUUAACUUGCCCUGAGACUGCUAAGCUUGUUAAACAAGUCUCACCCCCUAAAUGAUUUUAAAAUGUGUUUGGUUUAUUUUCAAAACUUGAAGUGGGCCCAUAUUUUCUUUUCUUAAAACAACAACAACUUGCCUGUGGACUUCCUUUAUGACUGUUUUAGCCAUCCUUUCUAGUAUCAUUUCCACAGUCCUGAAUAAAGCUUUCUUUAGCUUUGGCAAAGGCACUAAAAUAAUCUGAUGGCGUGCCCCCCCCCCUGUAUUUUAUGCUUAAUACAGUUAUUAUAAUUAUUUAAUUGCUUUAAAAUAUUUACCGUUUGCCAGCUUCACAAGGAAGGCUGCUCCUUUUUUUUUUUUUUUUUUGGAAGCUGCCUUAUACCAAGCCAUUGAGCCAUCUAUGAAAUUUUAUUAAGACUUCAAAGUCCUUCCUCGCAGGUAUAUCUUAACUUUUGUUCCCAACAGAAAAAGGUUAGCCCUCCCAGCUCUCACCUGGGAGUUUCCCAUUCUUCCCCCAGCCCCUUGCCCUGGAAGAACACCCCUUCCCUGCAAGGAAGGUUGUUCCUGAGAGUCCUUUCUACACGGUUUUUUAUGUGCAGCUUUACGCAUUUUACAGUUUGGACAUUUUCCCUGAGGAUCAUAAUCCUAUGGCAGAGAUUGCCUUUCCCCCAAGCUGGUUGCACUGUGUUGUGUAAUGAGGGGGAGGGGGGCAGAAUGUGAUUCUUAUCCUAGCAAGCACAACAGUAGAAGGCUGUGGUGAUGGCGUUGUGCUCUGCAGCUGUCUUGGGCUCAUAUAACUGGACACUGUCUGUGCCUUGAAUUGUGAGGAGUGGGCGACACAUCCCUCCCCACACCUCCCCUUCAUAGCAUCGUCAUUUUCUUCUGGUUUUCCUCCCAAAAGCUGGAGUGUUUGUGCAGCACUUAAGAAUCAUAAUUCAAUGUACUUGUCUCCCAAAACAAGAUUGCCCCACAAAGCAAGACUACCCAUAUCAAUUGUGUGGAAAUUCCACUAGUGGUACAGGAUGGGAGUGCAUAUAGUCACCUGGUACCUAGUAGGCAAGGGACGCGGGUGGCACUGUGGGUUAAACCACAGAGCCUAGGACUUGCCGAUCAGAAGGUCGGUGGUUUGAAUCCCCGCGAUGGAGCGAGCUCCCGUUGCUUGGUCCCAGCUCCUACCAACCUAGCAGUUCGAAAGCACGUUAAAGUGCAAGUAGAUAAAUAGGUACUACUCUGGCAGGAAGGUAAAUGGCGUUUCCGUGCGCUGCUCUCGUUCGCCAGAAGCGGCUUAGUCAUGCUGGCCACAUGACCCGGAAGCUGUACGCCGGCUCCCUCGGCCAAUAAAGCGAGAUGAGCACUGCAACCCCAGAGUUGGUUACGACUGGACGACUGGUCAGGGGUCCUUUUACCUUUACCUUACCUAAUGGCACUUAAUAAGCAAUAAUCUAUGUAAUAUAAAUGGGUGUGUGUCUAUUUUUCAUGGUGUGUGGAGACCUUUACCACAGGUGGGGAGCUGAGGUUAGGCCUUGCCCACAUUGGACCCAUGACAAAUGGGGCUUGCAACUGAAGUCCCAGCUCUGUGCUCCAAUGAAAUCCCACUUUUUGAGUCACCUGCAAAACAAUAUGUAUUGUAUCAAAAAACCCACAAUCUCAGUCUUCAGUAGGCAGCAUUGUUACCUACAAAAUGAAAUGUAGGGCUGCACAAUAAUGGGGAAAGAACCCAAAAUAUGGUAGGAAAAAAGUCUUGUUUUUAGAAUAUUAGAUACAUAUCUCUUCUUAUAAUUCACCAGUGGCAUCAUCGUUACUUAUAGAAUCUGGUCCAACCCCUGGCAAUUCAGGAAUCUCAACAUACAGUCCCUCAUCCAGUUUGAAACCCUACCGGACCCAGCUUAGCUUUGCAAAUGUGUUAGUCGUAUUAUUGCUCUUUGUGUAUCUUGGGUAAUUUCUGCUACAACAAUAAGAAACCUGCAGCCAGAAUCAUUAGCCCUUUAGAGGAGAGGGCAGAACUGGAAUAUAAAACAUUUUUGCAUUGCUGAACUCCUCUUUCUCUGAAUUCCAAGUUUGUAUUGUUUCCGCUGAAAUGAUAUGAUGUGCUUAUGAAGCUACACUUGCGGCCAGAUUACCAAGUUGCAGCUACUGUGUGUGAUGACUGGCACACAGUGAGGUGAACACCCAUUUUCACAUUGUGGCUUGUCUCAAAUCCCCUGUUGAAAGUUGGCAGGAACAGAGAGGAUGGGCAAGAUGUUUCAUUUGCAUUCAUCACUAAGGCUUAGGGAACCAGUAUACCAGUACAGGAAUUUCCACAAAGCAUGUAAUUCAUGUCCGUCACUUACAGACAGGAAAUCAUGUUGAAUCAAUCAAUUCUUCAGUAUUUUACUUGACGAGAACAGUAGCCAAAUUGAAACAACGCAAAUUAUAAGGUGCUGCCUGGCCAAAUGAUGAAAAGUUUUAAAAAUAUCUCACUCUAUCCAGAGGGAGGUUAAUUAAUAUUGAGCUGUUGUCGUUUAUAUUUUUAUUUCCACCCUUCCUCCAAGGACAUGAGGGCAAUGUCCUCACAACAACCCCGUGAAGUAGGUCAGCCUGAUAAAUAGUGAGUGGUUCAAGUUCACUCACCAUGCUUUGCGACUGAACAGAGAUUUGAGCACUUAUAUUAUUGUCCUAAGUUGGAUGAAUCCCUAGCCGGAAUUAAGAUUACGGGAAGAAAUAUCAACAACCUCAGAUACACAGAUGACACAACAUUGAUGGCAGAAAGUGAGGAGGAAUUAAAGAACCUUUUAAUGAGGGUGAAAGAGGAGAGCACAAAAUAUGGUUUGAAGCUCAACAUCAAAAAAACGAAGAUCAUGGCCACUGGUCCCAUCACCUCCUGGCAAACAGAAGGGGAAGAAAUGGAGGCAGUGAGAUAUUUUACUUUCUUGGGCUCCAUGAUCACUGCAGAUGGUGACAGCAGCUGCGAAAUUAAAAGAAGCCUGCUUCUUGGGAGAAAAGCAAUGACAAACCUAGACAGCAUCUUACAGAGCAGAGACAUCACCUUGCCAACAAAGGUCCAUAUAGUUAAAGCUGUGGUUUUCCCAGUAGUGAUGGUUGGAAGUGAGAGCUGGACCAUAAAGAAGGCUGAUUGCCGAAGAAUUGAUGCUUUUGAAUUAUGGUGUUGGAGGAGACUCUUGAGAGUCCCAUGGACUGCAAGAAGAUCAAACCUCUCCAUUCUUAAGGACAUCAGCCCUGAGUGCUCACUGGAAGGACAGAUCCUGAAGCUGAGACUCCAAUACUUUGGCCACCUCACGAGAAGAGAAGACUCCCUGGAAAAGACCCUGAUGUUGGGAAAGAUGGAGGGCACAAGGAGAAGGGGAUGACAGAGGACGAGAUGGUUGGACAGUGUUGUCGAAGCUACCAGCAUGAGUUUGACCAAACUGCAGGAGGCAGUGGAAGACAGGAGGGCCUGGCGUGCUCUGGUCCAUGGGGUCACGAAGAGUUGGACACGACUAAACGACUAAACAACAAACAAAAGUUCAGUUCUAUAGCUACUAUACCAGCCUAUUCCUCCUGCCCUUGAACUGUGCACCAUCUGGUCAUUAUAGAACAACUUUUUAGAAACUUGUGCCUGAGCUUUGAUUUUUAUUUCUUCUUCCCUCCCUGUCCCUUUCCCCUUGUAUUAAUCAUAUGCAGCCCAUCUGACUGGGUUGCCCCAGCCACUCUGGGAGGCUUCCAUCAAAAUAUAAAAACACAGUAAAACAUCAAACAUUAAAAGCUUCCAUAUACAGGGCUGCCUUCAGAUGUCUUCUAAGAGUCAUAGAAGCAUCCAAGGCAGCUUAUGUCAACAAUUUAAUAAAAGCAGCAAGUAAAAUAUUAAAAUAGAAACAGGAAGCAGCAGAUAAUGCAAAAACAUCAGGAAGUCAGGGAGAAAAACAAGCCCAAAUCAACAAUCUUGUAGGGGCAAAGGCCAAAAGUUAAGCAAGGACCAUUUUGUGCUGGCAGCUUAAUUUGAAGGAGACCUCCACUUUAUAGCCCAGUAUCUACUGUAGGAUACACGACAAAGCCCAGAAAAGUGGUACAUACUCUGUUUUAAGGACCAACUUAAAUAAUGUUUUGGCAGACAUCGGGCUCAUUUUUGCAUUUGUUGUUGUUAUUGUUUAGUCAUUUAGUCAUGUCCGACUCUUCGUGACCCCAUGGACCAGAGCACGCCAGGCACUCCUGUCUUCCACUGCCUCCCGCAGUUUGGUCAAACUCAUGCUGGUAGCUUCGAGAACACUAUCCAACCAUCUUGUCCUCUGUCAUCCUGUGCUCCUUGUGCCCUCCAUCUUUCCCAACAUCAGGGUCUUUUCCAGGGAGUCUUCUCUUCUCGUGAGGUGGCCAAAGUAUUGGAGCCUCAGCUUCAGGAUCUGUCCUUCCAGUGAGCACUCAGGGCUGAUUUCCUUCAGAAUGGAUAGGUUUGAUCUUCUUGCAUUCGAUGGGACUCUCAAGAGUCUCCUCCAACACCAUAAUUCAAAAGCAUCAAUUCUUCAGUGAUCAGCCUUCUUUAUGGUCCAGCUCUCACUUCCAUACAUCACUAUUGCAUUUGUAAAUACAGGCAAAUAAGUGGUGCAAACGGGUGAAAUAUCUCUGAUUUGCCAAUUCAAGCAUGCACGUUCAUCAUCUGAUUUAUACAGAGACAAGUAAUGAUUUGCAUGUGUGCAUGAGCCAUCACAGAUCUAAUGUCACAUUCAGAACUUUCCUGUUGCCUCAAACCCGACACUCUUCAGUUCAGUCUUUUCACACAUUCAACUGCAAGUCAUUGAGUGAUGAGAAAUAAAGGGAUGUAUAUAUGUGUGCAUGAAAAGGAUCCAGCAAUGCUGGGAAUAAAUGUGGGUUAUCUGUCUUUCAGAUAAUUUUGGCUGCAAAAGAGCAACAUCUCAAACUAUUCUAAAUUGGAGGGUCCCUGGCUGAGUGUCCAUAUGAUGCUUCUGAACUUGGAAGCCAGUUCAGUGUAUCUUUAGGAUGUUCUGUUCAUCCAUAUCUAGAAACUCAAAGCUGAAGGAUUCCUUUGUCAUAAUUUGGCUGCCUUUUAUCUGUAAUUGGGACGCGGGUGGCGCUGUGGGUUAAACUAGGACUUGCCGAUCAGAAGGUCAGCGGUUUGAAUACCCACGACGGGGUGAGCUCCCGUUGCUCAGUCCCAGCUCCUGCCAACCUAGCAGUUCGAAAGCACGUCAAAGUGCAAGUAGAUAAAUAGGUACCUCUCCGGCGGGAAGGUAAACGGCAUUUCCGUGUGCUGCUCUGGUUCGCCAGAAGCGGCUUAGUCAUGCUGGCCACAUGACCCGGAAGCUGUACGCCGGCUCCCUCGGCCAGUAAAGCGAGAUGAGCGCCGCAACCCCAGAGUCGGCCACGACUGGAACAAAUGGUCAUGGGUCCCUUUGCCUGUAUCUUUACCUAUCUGUAAUUAUGUGAUCACUAGAAAGAUACAAAAUCGGCACAGGGUUGUUUCUGGGCAUUCUGUGCAGUUUAGAUGAAAAACCAAGAGGAGGGAGCAGAUGAGUCACUUCCGCGUGGAGAAGUGAAUUGCACAACAGCACUAGAGGUGAACAGGUCAGGAUGGAAUUCGAAACAGUAAAUUUAGCGCCAGUGGUUCCUGCCUUAAAUGACAUUUGUGAAUGCGCCCAGGAUGUAUCUUUGACCCCGGAGAAGCUUUUCAGGUAAUUUACCUGAUGAUAACUUGAGAGCCACAACCCAGAGAAUUGUACAAGUGUCUGCAUGCCCAAAACUUUUAGUUUCCCACAGGGUGGAUUUGAUUUAAAUCAAAUCAAUUUAAAUCACGAUUUUAAUCACUAGUCAGUAAGACUUGAUUUAAAUCUUUUUUUUUUUAACAGAAACACUCGUUCUUGCUACUAUAAUCUUAAUAUUGACAACCAGAUGAAGGUUUCAUUUUUGGAAUAAUAAUUUUUUAGAGUAGUUUUUACAGUUAUAUCAAAAAUUACUGAUUUGGUUAUACUAUUAGAAAUACAUGGACAGAUAAUUAUGACAUUAUUGUGAGGUUUAAUAUGUUAACUGUUUAUAUUUGGUCAACUUUUCUGCUGUACUUUAAUGGAAGGAGAAAAAUAAUCCUUUCCUUAAUAAUAAUUUAAACAAUUUAUUUAUUUAACUAAAUAACAUUGUAACAUAUGUAUCCAUGUUUGUUAACUGAUGUGGUUAAACAGUUUUUAAAAAAUCAAAAACUUAGACUGAGUUUUAUUACACAUGAAAAACUUAAAACAAAUCCUUAUUUCCUGAUGAAUAGCCUUUAGACUAUAAUGUAACUUAAAUAGAAAACUAUCUUUAGAAAGAUUUUUCCUCCAAAAGCAUUUUAUUUUAAAAAUCCAAUUUAAAUUAAAAAAAAAAUCAAUUUAAAAUUUUAAAAAUCCAUUUUUUUAAUUAUUUUUUUAAAACCAUUGAUUUUUAUUCACUCUGGUUUCCCAAAUAAUAACCCUUCAUGAACUACUUUUGAAAUAUAUGAAUAUUUCCAGAGUGGCUUGUGAUACACCUGGAGCGAGCAAUUGUAAUGUAUAAAAGCAAAGCAUUCUGUUGAGCAAAAGCAAGUUGUGGUGAGUGGGUCUUAAGCAGCAUUCUCAAUCAUUGCAACCUUGCAGUGGUAUGGAUAGUAGAAAUACUUUGUUUUAAAAGGGGAAGGAAUUCACCCCAAAUUAUUGGGAUUUGUACUAAUCCACUUAUCCAGGUGAGAUUCAUAAACCGCCAAAUAACACAUGAAAAUGAUUUAUUGGAUGCUGUUUUUAUUGGUUAAUAUACCUAUCAACCUCUGGGAUUGCCUGGUUUGAUGGUCUUUUAUUGGGUCAUCUUUCAUAGGACAGCAUCCAGUAAUUAGUUUCCAUAUAUUAUCAGGAAGUUCUCAAUGCUUGUUCUGAGUGGGUUUGUGCACACCAUAGUUGUUUGGUACAAAAAGUGACACCAUAUAUCUCUUAUCUGUCUCUCUAUCUGACCCACUUCUACAACUGACAGGAGGGUCAUGCCACUGAUGGCCAUACUGCUUUACAAAGUACAGAUUCAUAAAGUGUAGAAUUUCUAAAGGCUUAUAAAAAGAGAACUCUGUGCUAUUUAGGGAAGACAUUUUUAUGGAACCUUCCAUGGAUGCUUAUCAAAUCGAGCUAUUAAGAAUUUUUUUUUGACUAGGUAUUUUGUUGUUGUUGCCUUCGUUCAGAAAAUGCAAAAUACGAAAACAUGUGAUUUGCACAAAAUACCUUUUGCAGCUUCAGGAAAAGGCACAUAUUUCUUUCAUUUUUCAUCCAUGUCAGAAAAGAACCCAGGUGUCUUGUGUUUUGUAUAUUUUUCAGAACGUAUGAGCUGCUUUUGAAUGGUGGGACUCCCUACGAAAAGGGCGUUGAAGUAGACCCGUCGAUUUUGAGAAGAGGUAGAGCUUAUCUUGUCCCUUAUCUGAAACUGAAAACUAUUUUGUAUGCCCUGUUGCCAGAAAUCCUCCGUUAUUUUAUUAUUUAUUUAUGAAACGCAUGAUGUUGCAUAAGCACUUCACAAGUUUGAAACACAAAGGAAACAGGCACGUCCAUGCCAAUCUAAGGAAAGGAAUUCUAAAUAAGCAGUGUUAAAAGUGCCAUUGUGUGCCUGUGGAAACUCUGAUUGCCAGAUGGAAACAUGGCUGUCAACGCCAAAGAGGAAAAGAAGGGUUUUAAGACAUUUUGUUUAAAGAAGAAGUGUGAUAGGUGUUGGAAUAAUUAGAAUUUUAACUGCAAAGGGGAGGGUGAAAAGUAUGACUUAAUGUUUCUGAUUUGGUCCUACUCAUUAAAGUGAGCCACAGAGAUCAGAAUGAGAACAGGUAGAGAUAAACAGAUGGAAAAAGUGCUGGAUGCAGAAAUAAAUGAAUUACGUAUUUGAGAACACUUAAAAGUAACCCAAGUACUGAUAAUGUUUGAUUCUCUGCUUUAUUUCUUUUUGCUAAAGCCAGUGGCAGUGUUUUCCAUAACAUGAUAACACUGAGGAAGCAGCCUCAACUUCUAGUGAAACUGAGGUCAUUAAGCACCAACUCCAGAGCAAUAUUGAAGUAAGUGAGCAAAGUUUGCAGUUUUCUUAUGAUGCUUACAUUGUUGUGUAGCUUUCGUUGAGGUGUAGCUUUCUCUCAUACACGAAACAAGUGUAAAAGAUUUUGGCUGUAUAAUUUUAAAAAAUUAGGUCCAAACUUGCAGUAAAGCUCUGUUAUGAAUGUGACAGGCUUCUAUCAACUAUCAACUAUCAAAUAUUAAAUACUAUUGCAUGUCAGCUGCCAGCCUUUCUAAAUACUAUUGCAUGUCAACUAUCUAAUGCAAAGUACCGGAGGAGAAAGAACAGUGUAUCCCAAAUGGUGAAAUAAAAGAGGAGAUAGUAAAUUGUAGUUUGAAGUAACAUAGUGCAAUAUAGAAACAUUUCAAUCAAUUGAAAAGUGUUCCCAGUUUGCAGAUUUUAAUGUUUUUUUAGAAAAUGCAAGGAUUUCUUCCCUCCACCCUGUUCCGAUGGGAGAGAAUAGGACAUGCCUCUUCAAAGAAAAUUUGAAAAUAGAAAUCUGAUAUUUUUUACUUAAUGGUGCCUGCCUAGGAACAUAGAAGUUGACCCAAAUUAACUUUAGACAAACGAAAAAAGUAUAGAAGGUAAAAUUCAUGCACCUUACAGUGUUGGACCUUUUAGUAUAUUGUGCAGUAUACCCUAGAAACAGAGAAUAUGUUCCUUUCCCGUGGUUAGGGCUUGAGUCACAAAACUGCAAUUUAAUGUGUGAAUUGCUUAAUAGCCAAGAAGAUUAAAGCAGUAGUUCACAGCUGGUCAGAAUAAAGUCCAUCUUAAUACUACUGCAUUCAGAAAUCUUGCAUGUUAAGAUGUGCUAAAAUAUUUCAGGAGUAAUUUUUACUGACAACCUUGUUUUUAUUUGCUUUUUUAAAAAACAACAACAGUCUGCUACCAGAAGUAUUAAUUGGCAGCAUGAGCUAUAUACACCUUUUAUUAUUUUAUCGUCAGAUUCUUGGUGAUGUGCUCCUCCGGGACAGACCAAACAUGCAAAAUGCAGGUAAGGAAGUCUGGUAAUGUUUGGGUCGAAAAAGCAGAAGCUGCUUUCUGUGCUUGCCAUGUGUGUGAGAGAGGUGUCAAGUAAUUUCUUCUUUCAUAAAGCAGGAGAGGGCCAACUUCAGUUUGGCAUAGUCUGCUCCACCAGUGGCACCCCCCCCCCAAACCCCAUGGUUCAGCAGUUCAUGUAAAUGAAUGCAUUCUCAGGAACUCUGAAACAGUUAAAGAAGUGGCCCUCAACCCGCUCUCUUCAUUAAGAGCAGAGGUAAAAGGUAAAGGUAAAGGGACCCCUGACCAUUAGGUCCAGUCGUGACCGACUCUAGGCUUGUGGUGCUCAUCUCACUUUAUUGGCCGAGGAAGCCGGCGUACAGCUUCUGGGUCAUGUGGCCAGCAUGACUAAGCCGCUUCUGGCGAACCAGAGCAGAGCACGGAAACGCCGUUUACCUUCCUGCAGGAGCGGUACCUGUUUAUCUACUUGCACUUUGGCAUGCUUUCGAACUGCUAGGUUGGCAGGAGCAGGGACCGAGGAACGGGAGCUCACCCCGUUGUGGGGAUUCGAACCGCCGACCUUCUGAUCGGCAAGUCCUUGCUCUGUGGUUUAACCCACAGUGCCACCCGCGUCACAAGAGCAGAGGUGGUCAUUGCAAAAAUGCCCUACCUGGCACUGCAGUUCGUUUGCAAGAAAUCCAAAAAUUAGCAGGGGUUACGUGUUCAGCUAGAAUCUGUGUUCUCUCUGUCACUCUCCUAAAAAUGCUUCAGGUACAAGGGCACAACAGUGGCUCAGUUAUGGAUGUGAUGCUAAGCCAAACUGUGGCUAAGUGUGCAGGUACUUGUCAUAAAAAUUGCAGUCCCUUUGCUCUUCUGGUUAACACGCUACUCUGGGCUGGGCCAUGGUUUGGCUUAGUGUUAUGUCACACAUGGUUUGGCUCGUGGUUUGUCACAAUCCAGGCAAUCUGUGAGCGGUAAACCAAGAACAAACCUUGCCUAAAUCCUGUGGUUUUCUGGUGUGUGACAAACCACAAGCCUAGGUUCAGACACAGAACAAAGAGCCAUAAUUCUUAGUGUGAAUACCUGUAUCCUCAUGUGUUCAUGCUUGGCCAUGGUUUCGCUUAGUAUCAUGCAUGAACCAGGCAAGUGUUUCUCAGCCAGUCUGGGUAUAUUUAAACAGCAUGGGAAUGACAUUGUUCUGUCAGCAGCAGUUAAAGCACAUCCCUGCACAAUAAGUCAACAUGUCCCUGACAAUCCCCAGACAUUUUCCUAUCCUUAUGUCUUACAAAUACAUUUCUAGUGAAGUGAAUUAAGGAUGCAGCUAUAACAAGUGUUUCCACUGGAAAUUAGCAGUGCAUUUUCCAUGGAAUCAUGUGACCAUGGUAUGGAUUUCUGAUUGUGCCUUGAUCUUUCCCUGUUUUUUUUUAAAAGGUAUUGUGUAAACUUCAUGUUUUAAAUCUUAACAGGAGUCCUCAUUUAAACAAUAAUGUGGAACUUAUAUUUUUUGCUUUUUAUAAUUCAACCCGUUAAGAAAGGUGUAGUUAAAAGUCCUGAGACAAGGGAAUGCAUGGCCUACCUCAAAAACAUUUAUUUCCCCUCCUUAACCUACCUCCUGUUCAGCAAAGAAACAUGUUCGCUUCUGCUCAGGGAGAGCAGGCUUCCUCCAGAGUUGUUUUUUGUACUUUUGCAUUCCUCCUAUUGUAACAUGCAUACUACUUGGUGUGCCACUGUCACCUCUGUUAUGGCAAAGGAGUGCUAGGUGUCAGGGUGGAAAUCAGUCUGAGUUUAUGACAGGGUUUGGUGGCUUCUGGAAUGUGCAUUGACACAGUGACAGCCAGGUUUUGGUGGAGAGGGUGUUUUGCCUGAACGAAAGGAAGUGAUGCAUCAGUGUCUGGUGGGGAAACAAGGCUCUGAGAAAAUGCUUUCUGAAAACUGGUUUUAGAAAAUCCACUGAAUUCAUGGAUGAGCAGAGAUUGGUCCCAUGCCAUCUGGUUCUUUGUCAAUGCUUGGAAGUGUAAAAUACCUAAUUGGUUGCAGUUCCUAAGUGUAAAUUUCCUGUGGUUGGAACCUUUAUGUAGAAAACCAGCAACUUAAAAUGCCUGCUUAAAAGCUCUUGACAAUAUUUGCACUCUUUCCCAGUUUAUAGCACAUAUUGUGUUGCUCACAGCAUCUGGUAUAGGCAACAACCGUUUUAGGAGCAUCUGAUAUUUGCGUGACCAUGCACACACACAUCACGCCGAACUUGGAAGUGUAUUUAUUUAUUUCAUAUAAUUUAUAUACUGAUUGAUUGUAAACAACAACAACAAUCCUCCAAGUGGUUUACAAAGUAAUAAAACAAUAAAAGCUAGAAAAAAUCUCAAGCAUGCUUUAAAACACACAAAAGUUAAAAUACUAAAACAGAUUAAAGCUACUUCAACUUAAAUUUUUUUAUGACGCACAUAUAAGUGGAAACCAGCAUUUCAAAAUGAACUGAAUGCUUUUACAUGGCUGUUAUUUGCAGUGAUUCUGACCCACUUUAACCUUUCAACUGCACGUGUUGGAGGGCCAGUUCACAAUAUGGGGGCCAGCCAGUUCACAGCUUUACAUUUUGUACAGGGGUAUAAGAUUGUGAAUAAAAAACUCUUUUGUAUCUCAGGAAGGGGACAUGCACAUAGAAUUGAUACAUGACACUCUUAACCUACCCUCAAACCUUCAGAAAUGGUAACCCGUCCCAAUUGUUUCUACCAGACGCAGGAGUGAUACAAGAGCCCAUGGCUAUUGUUUUGUUUUUUUUAAAUGAUAUUUAUUGGAAAAAAAAAAUUUAGAGUUACAAAAGAAAACAAAGUAGAAAAAGAACAAAGAAAGAACAAAGAAAAACACAAACCACAUCCAACAAUACAAAUUCAAAAAAACAAAACAAAAAUACACCACAAACAUUUAAAAACAAAUCCAUUAUUCUCAAAUCCUCAACUGUCAUUACCUUCUUUCUUGACCUCCUCCUCCUCCCUUUUCUUGUAUCCUAGUUGUUAAUUGUUGCAGCAAAUCCUUUCCAUAUUUCAUAAAAUUCUGUCAUUACAUUACCUUAAACUAUUUUAAUCUUAUCUUACUAUAAAAAACCUUGAAACUUAAAACUUAAAUCUUAUUUUUACCAACUUCUCAUAACCAUAAUAUUCUUACAUAAUUCUUUAAACAUUUUUACUAAAGCCAAGUAAUUUCAUUCCAACAUUUUUCUAACAUUCAUCAAUUUUAUAAAAGAAAUAAAAACAAUCCAAUCUUCAUCCAGCGUCCCUUCCUCCUGGUCCCGGGUUUUGUCAGUCCUUAUUAUCCCAUCGAUCUAGCGCAUUAACCUGGUAACCUUAUAUCCGAGGCCCUUAAGUCUCUUCCUUGUCCCUUCCGCAGCUCUUCUUCAUAUUUGUAACUGUAUUUUCCCUUGUCUCCUGCUCGUUUCACUCAUGGGAACUCCAGCUUAACAAUAUUUUUGACCCUUCUUGACGGAUCAGCCCCUUUUCCAUAAUCCACACUAAAUUCCAUGUGGUAUUUAAGAACAUGUUUCAAAACCCCUCCAAAAUUAGGAACCCCCAAGCAUCCCUGCAUAGGGGGGUCUAUCCAGCCCCCCAUUUCCAAACCAAACCAAACUUUUUCUUUCCAAAUCUGGCUUUUUCCAAGUUCAUUUGUCAAAUCCAAAAGCUCAUGUUCCUGUUGGGCCUGAAGAGCGCAUGGCUAUUGUCCUCAUAUCAUACUUAUGGGAUUUUUAGAAGCAAGCAACCUAAAUAAAUUUUCAUACAUACGUACAAUGAGCUCUACUCAUGACCAUAGAACUUACAGGCUGCCAUAAAUAAAACAUGGCUCUUUACAGAAGCUUAUAGUCUUAAAUUAAAUAUUGUAGAAGUGUGUUCUGCUGUUACAGAUAAUCCAGUCUUUGUGAUAUAAAAUACUGCUUUGGCUAUUCCCCCCCCCCCCGGAUAUUAUUUUUGUGGGCAGUUCAACCACGUUCUCCCUCUUUCUCCACAUUCUAGCCAGCAUUUGUGCUAAAAACUGUCUUCAGUGGAUGUUCAGAAUCGUGAAAGGCCAAAACUGCUGUUCACAUUCUCCUGUGAAUUGUUUCUGCCUCGCAUAAAAUGCUGCUAAAGCUUUCCCAAAUAACAGACACCUUUUCAAUCUCCCUUGCAGAUUUGAUUGGCAAUCCAGUUUUGGCAACCUUCCCCAAACUCAUGGAGCAGCCUGAUCUCAUGGAUGCGCUCAGGGUGCGUGAAACGUAUUGCAUCACUAAUCCAAAAGGACAGCUUUGAAAGCCUCUUUCUUUCCGGCAUGGGAGGAUUGAACGCUUUUGCACACCUCCAUCCCACUGUUGUUUUAAACAGCUGCUCUGACGAUGCUAAGCUUAGGUCAAUAAUGUGCUGAAAGCAAAGCAAACAGAAAUAGAAGUGAAAUGCCCAAAGUCUUUGGAAAGAGGUGGCUUAGGAAGGGCUGGAAUGCAGCAAAAGGGUGUGGUGGUGUGUUGAAAGAAAAAUUCAGAGAAGUUUGACUUUCCUACAGUCAUAAUGGAAGGAGUGAUUUCUGCCAACAUCUCUGGUCAUCUAACAUGAUUACGAAUCCUCUGGGGAAAAGCUAGAAGGCCAGAUCCUGUUUAGCUCCGUGGGGGCGGGAAACAGAUUAAGGGAACAGAUUUAGUGGUAUUCAGAUAUUUUUUUUUAAGAUGUGUUAGAAAAGGGGUCUCCAGCCUGGUCCCUGCAUUAGAAUAACUGAAAAGAAAAAGAUAAAUGGUUUGGAUCCAGACUUUGCUGCUGCUGGAUGAAAGGGAGGUGACUUCUGCUGAUUUCCUUCUUCCCCCUACAGCUUCCAGCACUCCCCCAAAAUCUGCUUUAGAGGGCUGGAAAAUCCUCUAGAAAGAUGGUGGGGCUACAGAGGGAGGGGGAAGUCAACAAAAAUGGCUUCUUCUGCUACUGGGAAGCCUCUACUGGAUCAGCCCUCUACUGUUGAUAGAAGGAGGCUUUCUAUAUGAUGCCAAAGGUUUGAUUCAGACUCUAUUAUCCUUAGAGCAGAAGAACCACUGGAAUCAGUGGGAGAUAACUUUGUCUUUCUAAUGCAAAUCCCAUGUAUUUCACUGGGUUUGCGUGAAGGAUAAUUGAGUCUGAAUCCAACCAAUUGGGUUUAAGUUAUCCCCAACUUUGAUUUGGCUUAUACAUUGAAAAUCACCCUCAAACCCCCCCCCCAAACUUUAAGAACCGUUCAGUUGGGCAGAAACCACCCAUUCUCCUCCUUCCUUGGAGAUUUUCAAGGGAAAGUCGCAAAGGCAGCUCCAAGGCAGUGUGGUGUAGUGGUUAAGAGAGGUAGUCUCGUAAUCUGGGGAACCGGGUUCACAUCUCCACUCCACAUGCAGCUGCUGGGUGAACUUGGGCUAGUCACACUUCUCUGAAGUCUCUCAGCCCCACUCACCUCACAGAGUGUUUGUUGUGGGGGAGGAAGGGAAAGGAGAAUGUUAGCCGCUUUGAGACUCCUGAAGGGGAGUGAUAAAGCGGGAUAUCAAAUCCAAACUCCUCUUCUUCUUCUUCUUCUUCCAUCUCUGAGUGGUUGCGAUUCAUAAUGAUUUUCUCAUCUGCAUCUCUCUCCACAAUCCUUUUAUUCCGCCACUCUUUGCUUGCAUAUGAAGUGUCUCAAAACUUUGUGCAGAGCCUCAGAGUUAGUCAUUCAUUCAUUCAUUCCUUUAGAGUGCUUGGGCAGAGAAGGAAAGCACGCUGAAGAGAUCUGAGAAGGUAAGGAAAUAAAAUCACUUUCUUCUGCACACAAAAUAUGUUUUAAGCAUAAUUAUAUAUUGAAGCUUCAUUCAAGCACAGGCGUGAGCAGGGGGCUCCCAGCUUUGGCUCAAGAGGACUGCAGCUCCCGCUUGUACUUUGCUCUAGACCUGGGGAGGGCCAGCCUUGCCCCAAAUCCAUUGGGAAAGUUCUUCACCAAUUCUGCGCAAUGGUGUAUUUCAGUUUUGGGGUGGGAUGGGGGGGCAUACUGCCGUAAGAUUCUUGUGCAAGCCCAAUAGGUUGUCAUGUUGCCAUGGGCUUGUGCUGCUAAGAGCAGAAGGCUGAAGAAUUGAUGCUUUUGUAUUAUGGUGUUGGAGGAGACUCUUCAGAGUCCCAUGGAGUGCAAGAAGAUCAAACCUAUCUAUUCUGAGGGAAAUCAGCCCUGAGUGCUCACUGGAAGGACAGAUCCUGAAGCUGAGGCUCCAAUACUUUGGCCACCUCAUGAGAAGAGAAGACUCUCUGGAAAAGACCCUGAUGUUGGGAAAGAUGGAGGGCACAAGGAGAAGGGGACGACCGAGGACGAGAUGGUUGGAUAGUGUUCUCAAAGCUACCAGCAUGAGUUUGACCAAACUGUGGGAGGCAGUGGAAGACAGGAGUGCCUGGCGUGCUCUGGUCCAGGGGGUCACCGAAGAGUCGGACAUGACUGAACAACUAAACAACAACAACAACAAAGGAUCUUUCUCAUUGGAUUUUGUGCCAAGCAAAGUGUUGCUGCCCCACUCUGUCUGCUGUGCACAGGAUAGGGCAGUAGCUGUGGCCCAAGCCUGAAUUUGUUUCUUAGUGGCUAGGGCACAAGGUGAGAUCAAGCUGGCCGUCCAAAUCUGAUGCAUCUAUCAACCCUAGAGCCUCAGUUUAAAAUUGAAGGAGCAAAUUUGCAUGCAGCAGCUGUCAACUGUUGCGGCGCAGUGAGGGUUCAAGGUGAACCAUUUUGACAUCACAACAGCUUAUCUGAAGGCUGGAUUGAAGGAGCACUCAUUUAUCUUUCUCCUCUGUUUAGCUGCUUAUAGUUGGCUUUGCUGGUGCUUUAAAGAAUUGGUUUUCCAUUUUACUGAUGGCUUUUAUAAAUCUAUCUGUCUUACUUGCAGCAGUUAUAACGUGAUUGGUGGGGGAGGGGAACAGACAAGGCUGCGUCAACAUGAGGUGACUCGUGGCAAUUCCAGCGCAAGAAAAUGAAUCUAAUUUUAGGAAGCCGUCAAAUAGUAACACGUUUCAUUUAUUUCCUCCUCCUCUUUAGAGAGAUCGGGAAUUUUUGAAGUCUGUAUUCGUCCUGGUGUACCACGAUUCUGUCUUCCCCCUUCUUCAGUCUGUGUUCCUCCCAGAGUACAAGUGGGCAGAAGAAGAAUCUGAAGGCACUCGCUGGCGGAUGAUUGCCGACUUCUUGAAGAAAAACCGAGAAAGGGAUGGUGCUUUGUCCUCUCUGCUGUCGUCAGAAGGCCUUCACAAAGCCUUUGAUGUCGCAGAAAUAGCAUAUGAUUUUCUUGGAGAGGCUAGGAAGAAUAAUCCUUUAGUAUGAAUGGACUUUAGUAUGAAUGGACCUCUUCCAAUCGCCAUGCCAACGCAAAUCAAUUAAACAUAAUUGAUGUUCUGGCCAAAAAAGACAUAUUUUUAUAUUUGUAUGUCAUUUUUAUAAAUACAUUGUAUUAGUAUUCUAUCUUUUUGUAUUCAGAUAUGUUGGCUUUGGCUACUUUUGUGUUUUUUUAAAGAAAAAAUAAAGUAUGUAAACAUAUAUUUUUUAACUUUG